AUGGCCUCCCUAGCCACUUCACGCACCCUCAACGACCCAACCAUGAUAGCCAGACACGAGCAGUGGAUGGCUCAUCACGGGCGUAUUUAUACAGAUGAAAAUGAAAAACAACUACGUUUUCAGAUAUUUAAAAGCAACGUCGCCUAUAUUGAGGCACAUAAUGCGCGUUCAAACCAAAGUUACACACUUGAAGUCAAUAAAUUCGUUGAUUUAACAAAUGAUGAGUUUCGCGCUUCACGUAACGGUUAUAAAAAACAACCAGAUUCAGAUUCACGUGUGGUGUCUGGUUUAUUUCGUUACGCGAAUGUAAGUGCGGUACCAGAUGAAGUUGAUUGGCGAAAAGAAGGCGCGGUAACACCCGUUAAGGACCAAGGCGAUUGCGGAUGUUGUUGGGCCUUUUCGGCGGUGGCAGCCAUGGAAGGAAUUAACAAGCUUGAAAAUGGGAAACUGGUGUCGUUGUCGGAGCAAGAACUAGUUGACUGUGAUAUCGAUGGCAUUGAUCAAGGCUGUGAAGGAGGUCUAAUGGAGAACGCUUUCCAGUUUAUUGAAAAACGAAAGGGUCUAGCGGCGGAAUCUGUCUAUCCAUACACCGGAGAAGAUGGGAUCUGCAACACCAAGAAAGCAGCCAUUCCGGCGGCCAAAAUCUCCGGCCAUGAGAAAGUUCCGGCCAACAACGAAAAAGCUCUGUUGCAAGCUGUAGCAAACCAACCUGUUUCUAUUGCCAUUGAUGCAAGUGGAUAUGAUUUCCAGUUUUAUUCGGGAGGCGUUUUUACUGGAAGUUGUGGAACUGAGCUUGACCAUGCUAUAACUGCAGUUGGAUAUGGGGCUACGAUGGAUGGGACCAAAUAUUGGCUAAUGAAGAACUCAUGGGGUGCAUCAUGGGGAGAGAACGGUUCGUCUCCAAUCCAGUUCACGCGAAUCAGCUGGAGUAAGACGCUAUAG